AUGUCUCGGAGAGGGAAUGGGGGGCACCGGGGCAGCAGCAGGGCUGCGCUGGGGCUUUGCCGAGGCCGGACGCUGCCAUCUUCUCGCUCCCCAGUGGCGACUCAGGAGGACAUGUCGGUGCCCCACUACUACGACAAGCGCAGCUCCCCGCUCCCCGACGUCCCCUACCAGCAGGAGCUGGGCGCCGAGCAGAAGGCCCUGAAGGAGAAGGAGAAGGGGUCCUGGAAGCAGCUGAGCAACGAGGAGAAAGUGGCCCUCUAUCACCUGAAGUUCAAGCAGACCUUUGCGGAGAUGAACAGGCCCUCCAACGAAUGGAAGACGGUGUUCGGGGGAAUCUUCCUCUUCUUCGGCUUCACCGGCUUAGUCGUGUGGUGGCAGCGAGUCUACGUGUUCCCCCCGAAGCCGCACACCCUGACGGAGGAGUGGAAGGCGUACCAGGUCAAGAGGAUGCUGGACAUGCGCAUGAACCCCAUUCAGGGCUUCUCUGCCAAGUGGGACUACGACAAGAACGAGUGGAAGAAGUAGGGGGGCUGCUCCCCCCAGGCCCGGCUGCAGCGGGCAGGGCCCCGGCGUUCCCCCAAGGAAGGGGCCAGCGCUUUGGGGAAGCACGGCCGGAGCCAAGCCACUGUGCCUGUCGCCCCUACCCAGCCCCACCGCUGUCCCCUUGUGCCUUGGGCAGCAGCUCACUUUCCCGUGCUCAUGGGGCAGUGAGCUGCUCUAGCGUCCGCCCUGCCCUGUUAUGGGAGCCAUCCCGCAGCCCCGUCCCCCUCUGGUGAGCCAGCCUUUCGCAGCCUCUGUUCCCUGCUCCCGUGGAAUAAACAGUAAACGGGCA